AUGCCCAAAAAGAAGGAGCUUGCCCAGUCCGAUACCUCCAGGUCGACGCAGUCAUCACAGUCUACACAAUCCACAGAUUCCACGGAUUCCCAGUUCGCGAACCAAUCACCUGCCUCAAGCAGAAGCCAUCAGAGCAGUAGUGGCCUUACUGAGAUCAUCGAUACCAUUGCCCAGAAAUUCUCUUCUGCCUCUAGCCACUCUAGCACCUCCAAGUCGUCCGGCGAUAUAAUCAUGACUGACUUUGAUGGUCAGGCAGAGAGCCCUGACCUUCUUAUAUCACCAGAAAGUCAGCCUGAGGUACUUAAAAAGAAACAUCCUGCCCAAAAGCCUGAUUCGCCUAAGAAGAAGCGCACCCUUGGUCUUGGAAAAACGGCCAAGCGGAAGGGGGUCAACAAGCCUGAAUUAAUCGCAAUGAAGAAGGUCAUAACAAUGACACAGCGAGCCACGGACGAAAUUCUGUUCAGAACUGAAUUGGAGGGAACUCGGUUUGGAUAUCUGGCGAACAGAUGGACCGCUCCUGUCCUGGACCCUAAUUCCGUGGAGUAUCCAAACUUAAACACUGUGAUUAGGGUGGUGGCGGGAGACACGUAUGACCGUGCCCUCGAGAUGCAGAAAGCGGGCAGCACCAUCGAUCACAUGCCAGUAUGUGUUCUCAACUUUGCCAAUGCCUCCAGACCAGGUGGAGGCUGGCUCAAUGGUGCUCGAGCCCAGGAGGAGCAGCUUUGCUACCGAAGCACACUCAUUGAUACUCUCCAUACCCGAUUUUACCCAAUGGACGAUUUGGAGUGCCUCUAUUCACCCAAUGUGAUCGUUUUCCGAAAGAGUAUGGAAAACGAGUAUGCUUUCAUGUCGAAGGACGAAGAACUACACCUGAACCCCACUGUCAGUGUUAUCAGCAUGGCAGCACGGAACCAGCCUAAAUUGACCGCCGAUAAAUCCACGUACGCGGCAAUAGAACAGCGGUAUCUCAUGAUGGCCAAGAUGCAAUUGAUUCUACGCACGGCAGCGAACAACAAUCACCGCCGCUUGAUCCUUGGUUCCAUUGGUUGUGGAGCCUUUCGCCAUCCCACUCAGGAGGUGGCCGAGUGCUGGUACGAUGUUCUCAUGAAAAAAGAGUUCAAGGGUUGGUUUGAGCGGAUUUAUUUUGCAGUUAGAGACGCUCCCAAGGAGAACAAUUUUGAAAUUUUCAGAGAGACAUUGGAUGGUUUGAACAUUUGA